GCCAGCGUGGUGUCCCCUCCCGGCGGCACCGGGCGGCGCGCACGGCGCCACCUGCCUGGCCUGGCGCUCGGCGAGGGCACGCGUGGGGCCGGCCGGUUCCCUCGGCUUCGCGCGCCGAGCAGCCCCAGGCUGCGGGGAAGUCGCGCCCCCAGGUCCGCCGGCGUCGCGUGGGGCCGGGCUUCCCGGAGCGUCCCGGGGGCACUAGCACCCGCUGCCGGGGCAGAGGCGGCCAGGACCGCGCAGAUGAAGCGGCUGGAGGCGUCCUGAAGCAGCGCUUAGUGAUUCCGAAUUCAGCGUAAUUAUGCUGGGUAGAGGAAGGGAAGGGUGGCCCCUCCUGUGCAGUUGCUUUUGCAUGGAAGGAUGCGCUUUUCCUGAUAGAAGAUGAGAGCCCUGGAGAAUGACCAUGGAGAAGGAGAUGAGUUCUGGAGAGGGACUGCCUUCCAGAUCAUCUCAGGCAUCUGCUGCUAGAGGAGCAGCCAGGGAGGCAGAAGCCCAGCAGCCCUGUAAGGACAAGCGGGGGGGCUUCGUGUUGGUGCACGCAGGCGCAGGCUAUCACUCUGAGUCCAAAGCCAAGGAGUAUAAACAUGUGUGCAGACGAGCUUGUCAGAAGGCUAUCGAGAAGCUACAGGCUGGUGCUCUUGCCACAGAUGCAGUGACUGCUGCUCUGGUGGAACUUGAGGAUUCUCCUUUUACAAAUGCAGGAAUGGGAUCUAAUCUAAAUCUCUUAGGAGAAAUUGAGUGUGAUGCCAGCAUAAUGGAUGGAAAAUCCUUAAAUUUCGGAGCAGUUGGAGCACUGAGUGGAAUCAAGAAUCCAGUCUCAGUUGCAAAUAGACUCUUGUGUGAAGGACAGAAGGGCAAGCUGUCUGCAGGCAGAAUUCCUCCCUGCUUUUUAGUUGGAGAAGGAGCCUACAGAUGGGCAGUGGAUCAUGGGAUACCCUCUUGCCCUCCUAGCAUCAUGACCACAAGAUUCAGCUUAGCUGCAUUUAAAAGGAACAAGAGGAAACUAGAGCUGGCAGAAAAGGUGGAAACAGACUUCAUUCAGCUAAAGAAAAGAAGACAAUCAAGUGCAAAGGAAAAUGACGCAGGCACCUUGGACACAGUGGGCGCUGUGGUCGUCGAUCAGGAAGGGAAUGUCGCUGCUGCUGUCUCCAGUGGUGGCCUGGCCUUGAAGCAUCCAGGGAGAGUGGGGCAGGCUGCUCUUUAUGGAUGUGGCUGCUGGGCUGAAAAUAGUGGCGCUCAAAACCCCUAUUCCACAGCUGUGAGUACCUCAGGAUGUGGAGAGCAUCUUGUGCGCACCAUACUGGCUAGAGAAUGUUCACGCGCUCUACAAGCUGAAGAUGCUCACCAAGCCCUGCUGGAGACUAUGCAGAACAAGUUUAUCAUGGAAUUUCUGUGGAGCCAUACUACAGAGAGCAUGUGCGUGGGAUACAUGUCAGCCCAGGAUGGGAAAGCCAAGACUCACAUUUCAAGACUCCCUCCUGGUGCUGUGGCCGGACAGUCGGUUGCAAUCGAAGGUGGAGUUUGCCGCCUGGAGAGCCCCCUGCACUGACUCCAGGCUGAAUGGGAAGUGUGUCAGAAGCCCCUCAGAACCUUACCUCUGGGCUGUUUAAUUGAAGUUGGGCAUUUUAUCUUCCUUGUUGUGUGAUUCUUAUUGCUUGGGACACAAGUGCUGCUAUGCUUAGUGCUAGUUGACACUGAGUCUCCGAUGGGUGACUGGGAGCAUGUGUGGGUGCGUGUCUGUGUCCAGUGUGUGCUUGCUUCUCCCUGACGGGAUAGUAUCUCCUCAAGUGUAACCUAUGAACAAGAAUGAUCAUACCUUUUCUUUAAAAAUGUGUGCUUUAACUGUUUACAAGUAAAACCUAAAGUGGUGGAAAACUUUUAUUUCAUAAAGAGGUACCAACUAUGGUUGAUACAAUGUGUCUGAACUGAAGAGUGAAUCUGCUUGUUUAAAUGACUUGACCUUGAUUGUGGUCCAUUUAAUAACAGUAAUCAGUAAUAUUGUGUCAGUUUAAGUGGAUGGUUUGGUAACUUAAACUGUUUUUUCUCAUCCCUCAUACAGGGCAUAUUUUCUUGAACAAAGAAUGGUUUCAGUGAAACAGUCUAGCAGAGAAUUAAAGUCAAAACCUUUUAAAGUAAUAGUCUUAUUGCUAAAGUUUGUACUUCUUCCCUGAGGUAUUUGAAGCUUAAGUAUUGUAUAGCUUUGCGCUGUGUGUACUAUAUUAUGAAAGAAUAUGUAAAGAGAGUGUUCAGUAAUGCACAGUUUUAAUUUGUGUAUAAUGGAAUGUUAUUUACAAUGUAACACUGUAAAUAAGAAAUCAAAGUUUAUGGGAAAAUUCAAUAUUAUCUUUGUUUCAUGUUUAAAUAUAUUUUUAAGAUAAAGGUACAAAAUAAAAGAAGCAUAU